CCGGGGAAAGGCAAUAAAUCAUACAUCUUCCUUUCAUUCAACUAACACAAAAAUGUCGAUCAAACAUGGUAUCAAAACAUUGGCAGUGGUGGGAGCUUCAGGUCAAAUGGGAAAUGGAAUAGCAUACGUAGCAGCAACAAAAGCACAAAUUCCACGCAUUCUAAUUUGUGAUCAAUCUGAUGCUCAAUUGGAUAAAGGAUUAGCAUUCUUUGAUAAAUUAUUGGCAAAAGAUGUAUCCAAAGGUAAACUUACACAAGAUGAUGCUGAUCGUGCAAGAGCAAGUUUGACGAAAGCACCAGGCGGGGCAGCAUCUUUGGCUGAAAUCCACCAAGAUGGUCCACCGGAUAUGGUAAUCGAAGCAGCAACAGAGAACCUAAACAUCAAACAAAGCAUCUUCAAAACAUUAGCAAGCACACUUCCACUUUCAACAAUCUUGGCCACAAAUACAAGUAGUAUCAGUGUUUCAAAAAUUGCCGCAAGUGCAGUACCAGAAAAUGCAAAAGCAGGAAGUCCAGAAGCAUGGCAAAGUCCGGCAAGAACGUUGGGUUUGCAUUUCUUCAAUCCAGUUCCAGUGAUGAAAUUGGUGGAGCUUAUCCCUGCACUCCAAACAAGCAAAGAUGUUACCGAUCGUGCAAGAGCAUUCGCAGAAGCAUGCGGCAAAACAAUCACAGUCAGUGCAGAUACUCCAGGUUUCGUAAGUAAUAGACUUUUGAUACCUUUCAUCAAUGAAGCUGUAAUGGCAUUGGAAUCUGGCGUGGCUACAAAGGAAGAUAUCGAUACGACACUCAAAUUGGGGAUGAACCACCCUAUGGGUCCUUUGCAAUUGGCUGAUUUCAUCGGUCUUGAUACAUGCUACUAUAUCGGUGAAGUUCUCCUACGUGAGACAGGAGACUCCAAAUAUAGACCUUCAGUACUCUUGGGAAGAAUGGUCGACGCAGGAUGGCUUGGUAAGAAGAGCGGAAAGGGUUUCUACGACUACAAUUAAUGAUGGCAGUAUACACUCGUAAUAAAUCACAUAGAUCAUUAUCCUUA